AGGAGGAGGAUGAUGAUGGUGGAGGAGGAGGAGGGGUCAGGGGCUCCAGCUCUACUCAGCGUGACUGUGCAGCCCGCUGGUAUAAAGACGGGAGGCUGCGUGUGGUCCGUCACCACGGCGACCCGCACCAUGUCCUGGAUCCUCAUCCCCGCUCUGCUCCUGGCCUGCGGGCCGGGGGGCACCCACAGCAAGGCCUCAGAGUACCAGUUGGAGUCGGUCAGCCAGUGUGAGUCCUUACGGAGCGUGGCUGUCGCCAGGCAACAAACCAGCCUCCCUCACUGCACUGAAGACGGCCAGUUCAGGAGUAUCCAGUGCAGUACCGGGGGCGAGCAGUGCUGGUGUGUGGACGCUCAGGGGCAGGAGAUUGUCGGGACUCGAACCAGCGACUCUCUUCCUCGUUGCCCCUCCCCCUGCCUGCUCCUCAGACAGCAGGUGUUGGCGGGCCUCCAGGAGGGCGUGGCCCCGCUCUGCCAGGAGUCAGGUGACUUCGAGGUUGUUCAGUGCGACGCCAGCAGGGGGCGGUGUUGGUGCGUGGACCGGCAGGGAAUGGAGGUGUACGGCACGCGGCAGAGCGGCCGCCCCGCACGCUGCCCGGGGGGCUGUGAGGUGAGGGCGCGGGGGCUGCUCCACACCAGCGGGGGGCAGACCCCCCCCCAGUGCUCCGACGGUGGGGGCUUCCUGCCGGUCCAGUGCCAGUUCAUCAACACCACCGACCAGAGCCAGCUGGACCUGCUGGACGCCUACAACAGGUUCCCAGAAGUCUUUGCAUCGUUCAGUAGCUUCAGGAAGGCUUUUCCUCUGGUCUCCUCCUACUGCUACUGUUCGGACAGUCAGGGGAGAGAGAUCGACAACACAGGCGUGGAGCUGCUCCUCUCGGAGGUCUAUGACACGGUGUUCCUGGACCUGCGCCCCGCCCACCUCUUCUCCCGCUCCAACAUGUACCGCGUGCUGCAGCGCCGCCUGCUGGCCGUCCGCCUCGCCCUCACCAGCCGCUUCAGAUGUCCGUCGCCCUGUGAGGUGGAGCGGCGGGGGUCUCUGGGCUCCCCGGGGGUCCUGGUUCCGUCCUGCGGGGCCGACGGCUCCUUCUCCCCCCUGCAGUGCCAGCGGGGGGGUCAGUGCCGCUGUGUGGACCCCCUGGGGAGGGAGGUCCCUGGGGUGCAGCAGCCCGGCGACGCCCUGGCCUGCGGUUCUGUGGAGCCGGACUGCCCCUCCAGGCGCCGCCUGGCCCUCUCCAGACUGCUCUCCUCCGGGUCCCUGGACCCCCCCGGACCCCUCUCCCCAGACCAGACCCCCGGGCCCCCCCAGGGGUCCUGCUCCGCCCUGCUGCGGCCCCUCCAGGACCUGCUCCAGGAGGAGGGGGAGCCGGCCGCCCUGCUGGCCCGCCUGGGGGAGGUCCUGGCCGGGCUGUUCCCCUCGGUGGGGGGCGCCCUCCAGGCCCUGUCCCGGGCCGGACCGGGCCGCCUGCUGGAGAACCUCUUCGGGGGCAAGUUCCUGAAGAACGCCGCCGCACUCAACUUCACGGGCGCCGUGGGGGGGCGGGGCGGCCUGCAGACCCUCCUGGACCAGGGCCGGGACCGGGACCGGGACCAGGACCGGGACCAGGACCAGGACCGGGACCAGAGGGCUCUGAACCAGCAGCUGGUCCGGUCGGUGAGCCGGGCCCUGGAGGACCCGGGCUUCCUGUCCGCCCUGCAACGCACGCUGAUGGGCCACACACACACUGACACCCUGCAGCAGGUCCUGGUCCCGCUGGCCCGGUCUUGCUCCCGGGAGCCGACCUCGGCGCUCUGGGUGCCGCGGUGCACCCCCGGGGGCCUCUACCAGCCGCUGCAGUGCGACCCCGCCGCCUGCUGGUGCGUGACCCCCCAGGGGGCCGAGGUCGCGGGGUCCCUGACCCCCGUCGGCGCCGGGCCCCCCCGCUGCCCCUCGCGAUGCGAGGGCGAGCGGGGGCUGGCCCUCGCCGCCCGGAGCCGGCGGGCCGCGGCGGACGAGGUCUACGUCCCAGCAUGCACUGGGGACGGCAGCUUCCUGCCCCUGCAGUGUGACGGCCGGCGCUGCUUCUGUGUGGACCCCCAGGGGGCGCUGGCGCCCUCCCGGACAGCAGGGGGUGCCGUCUCCUGUCCUGCUACAGUCGACCAAUCAGAGAACAGCCCAGUCUCCCCAGGCUCCUGCUCCGCUGCGCUGAGCGAGGUCGCCUCCUUCCUCUCAGAGGCCAACCGGAUCAUCGCUCUCUCCAACACGUCCCGCCUUCCUCUGGGAGAAGGCUUCCUAUUGGCCCAGGGCAUCCACCUGACCCCCGAGGAGCUCCGUGUCAGCCAAUCAGCAGAGCGGCUGCAGUUGUCUGAGCAGCUGCUGAGUCGCUCCAGAGCUGCCCUGCGAUUGGCUGCCUACUCCACGGUCCAGAUGGCGUGGCGCCCCCAGCGGUCGGAGGUUCUGAGCGUCUCCUACCAGCCGUACUCCCCACAGUGCGACUCACUCGGAGUGUGGCUGUCCACACAGUGUCACCCAAGCACAGGUCAGUGUUGGUGUGUAGAUGAAGAUGGAGAAUACAUCCCAGACUCCCUCACCAGUCACCCUCUGAAGAUGCCCCAAUGUCCGUCUCCGUGUCAGAGAGCUGAGGGCCACAUGCUGCUCUCUGGUUGGCUGAAGGGCUCUGACAUAAUCUCUGACAUCACGGCGUCCUACCGACCACGGUGCGAGGAGGAUGGGCGGUUCUCGGUGCUGCAGACAGGGGGCGCUGCAGGCUGGUGCGUCAGUCCACUGACGGGACGGGUGGUCCGACCGGCCGGCCUCAGCCCCGCUGGAGAACCCACAUGUCCUAGUUGGUGUGAGCUUCAGGGUCUUCAGUGUCAGCCCGAUGGAGGCUUCGUUCCCCUGCAGUGUGACAUCACUUCCUGCUGGUGUGUGUCCGACGACGGACAGGAAGUGACCGGCAGCCGAACAGACCGCAGCACAGGAAGCAUCCCAUCAUGUGACCGGCCUCGUUGCUCUGGUAGCACCAUUACCCAUGGUGCACUGCUCUGUCGCUCGGCGACGGCUGAUAGGCAGAGCUGCACCCUGGCCUGUCACCAUGGUUACCAGAACGCCCUGGCCCCCAGCAGCUUCCUGUGUGACGUCCAAUCACAGCGCUGGGAGGGAGCGACACCCCUGGCCGGAGCCUGCCAGAGGUCCCAGCUGUUCCAGACCCUCCAGACCUCCUCAGACUGGAGCCUGCCUCUCUCUGGGGACUGCCUCACCGCCCUGCCUCCCCUGGAGGCCGACCUCGGGGCCCACGCGGCCUCCAGGGGCCUCUGCUCCCUGCUGCUCCCCGUGUCCGGGCGGAGUGUCACUGUCUGCGACGACGCGUCGUUCCGUCUGCACUGCGAGAGCGAUGACAUCAUGAGCCUGAGGGUCACAUGGGCGGCCAGGCUGUCAGACAUCCCGACCUCUGACCUCCCCGACCUCCACGACCUAGACGUCUUCAUGCAGACCCCCCGAUUGGCUGAGGGGGUGGAGGGCAUUCUGGGUAAUCACCCCUCCCUGGGGACCUCGGAGCUGAUCGCCACGACGACGCCCAGCUUCGGCUGUGCCAGCGGGUUCCAUGGCGACUUAGAGGAGACGGGCUGUGUGAUGUGUCCUGCCGGUAGUUUCUCUGGCGAGGGGGCGUGUCAUAUCUGUCCUGAGGGAACCUAUCAAGAGGAGGGGGGGCGGGACUUGUGCAACAAGUGUCCAAGGGGCUCCUCAGCGAUUGGUGCUUCGUCUGUCCAUCAAUGUCAGACAGUCUGUCAGCGUCGAGGCCUCAGAUGCUCUGAGGAUGGCAGCUUCCUGUCGGCACAGCCUGACUUCCUGUCUGGAACCUGGGGGUGUGUCACCAGCCAGGGGGCGGAGCUUGCAUGGACCAAUAGCGAGACGCCUCUGACAGACGGGGAGUGCAGAGAACUGAACCGGUUUGAGGUGGUUCCCCCGUCGUCCGUGGCAACCGGAGCCGAAGAAUCAGAAGUUCUGCAGACCCAGACGGCCGACCUCCGAACCUGCAUCCAAGCGUGUGCUGUGGAGUCCUCCUGCCACCAUGUGGCGCUGUUCACAGAGAACGGAGGGCAGCAGUGUCAGCUGUACAGCACGAACACUGUCAACACACUGUGUAGUACCACCACGCAGGCCAAACGGUUUCUGGGUAACGCCGAGGUCGCGUUGGUUUCCACGGCUCCCUGUGUUCUGAGAGUGAGGGGAGUAGCUAACGAUCUGCUGGUCAUCAGGAAGAAAGGCGAGGAGUUCUCCUCCCGCCUCCAGAAGAGCUUUGAGAGGAUGCGGAUGAGGAAGGCUCUGUCGGGGGUCUUCCUCACCCAGGCCAUCCCCUCCUCCGGGACCAGCCUGACCGACGCGCACCGCUACUGCCAGGCCCAGUGCGCCCGGGACCCCUGCUGUGAGGGCUUCAUCCUCAACCACAACGCCCUGGACGGAGGUUCUAUCCUCUGUGGUCUGAUGAGAACUCCGUCCGUGCUGAUGUGUGCCGACCAGGACUGGGACGUGAUUGGCCAGGGAACAGCCAAUCGCGUGUGUGGGGCGGGGCUUAGCUCCAACAAGCUCCAGAGGAGUUUUGUGUUUGACUUCGGGGGUCAGGAGUUCAACAUCACUGAGACGGACCACGAGGCCUCCAUCGUCUCCUUCCAGAGCAUCUACCUGCAAACCACUGGCUCUGAGCUCGCUGCUGCAGACAGCUCCUCCUGCAGGAGUAGGGAGCAGCCCCCCCCUGUGGACGCGUCAGUAGAGGCCGGGUUCGAGCCCCUGCAGGAGGACGGCGUUGCAGUGGACCCCACCAGGAGUCCUCCAGGGUUAACCUACUGGCUCAACAAAGAGGACUACAACUCCCAGCAGGCACUGCUCUGGUGCCUCAAACGCUGUGACGAAGAGGAGCAGUGCUCUCUGGUGGACGUGAGGCAGGACGACUCGGAGCUCUUCCACUCCUGCCUGCUGUUCCCUGACAGCACCGUGUGCGGCGCCUACGACAAGAAGCUGCGAGACCCGUGUCGCCCCCUGCUGGCCCGGAGGCCGACCAGCGCCCACAAGAAGAGAGUGGACCUCAGUGGACCAGUGAAGAGUUUCUACACCAGGGUCUCCUUCCAGAAGAUGGUCUCCUACUCGGUCCGCAGCCGAGUCAGUCUGGGGAACACAGCGCUGUCUGCAGGCUUCCUGGAUUGUGAGCGUCGUUGUGAUGAAGAUUCUUGUUGCCGUGGUAUCGGCUUCGUACGGGACAGCAAAUCACCAACGGGGUCGGAGGUCGUGUGUCUGUCCCUGGUCAGUCUGGGGGUCCAGACGUGCCCCGAGCAGCGGGGUCAGGUGUCGUGGACGGUCCAGGACUGCCGUCCGUCGGCGGUGGAGACCACACCCUACCCCCUGGGGUGGUACCAGAAACCUGUGAACCAUUGGAGCCGCUCCCCGGCCCUCUGUCCUCCAUUCUCCCUCCCCCCCGCCCAGAAUGUCUCUCUGGACCAAUGGAAUGCUCUGGACGAGUCGGCCAUCUUGGUCGACCCCUCCCUCUCCGCCUAUGACGUGGUUCACAUCAGCCGGGACAUCGCCGGAGACCAGGACAAGACCAGGGACUGGUGUCUCCAUGCCUGCCAGGGGGCGGAGUCCUGCGUCGCCCUGUCAAUCAGCCAGACAGAGUCGGCCACUCGCUGCGUGCUCUACCCAGACACCAGGGCCUGUGGUCCAAGCUCCUCCCCCAGCUCCUCUAGCCCCGCCUCCUCCUGCCGAUUGGUGCUCAGAGAGCCCGCCUCCCAGGUGUAUCUGAAGAAAGAGCGGUUGCCGUCGGCGACAUCGGUUGUGAUUCCGGGCCACGGAACUCUGCGAGGCGUCGCCAUGGAGACCACCCUGGGGUCGGACAGGAAGUCGGUGGUGCAGUACCUGGGGGUUCCCUACGCUCGUCCACCAAUAGGAUCGCUCCGUUUCAGAGCGCCGGAGCCGGCCGCUUGGACCGGCAACCGGGACGCCACACAGCCCCGGGCCUCCUGUCUGCAGCCGGGGGACGAGGAGUCUGCUGCCACCGAAGAGGACUGUCUCUACCUCAACAUCUUCACCCCCGCCGGCCUGAUGGGACCUGUCCCUGUCCUGGUUUUCUUCUACAACCCCUCAGCCAAUCAGAGCCCAGGGCUGUUGGAUGGCUCCGCCCUGGCCGCUGUUGGUAACAUCGUCGUGGUUACGGCCAGCUACAGAACCGCUGCGCUGGGAUUCCUCAGUACAGGCUCUUCUGGUCUCCCUGGUAACUACGGGAUGCUGGACCAGGCGGCGGCGCUGCGCUGGGUCUCCGCCCACAUCGCCCUGGUGGGCGGGGCCAGCCGGAGGGUGACGGUGGGGGCGGAGCGACGGGGGGCAGACAUCACCGCCCUUCAUCUCCUCUCCUCCUCUUCCUCUCCGCCUCUGUUCCAACGCAUGAUGCUCAUGGGCGGGUCGCUCUUCUCCCCAGCAGCGCUCCAGUCGUCCUCGGCAGCCCAGGCCCAGGCCGCGGAGCUGGCCUCCCAGCUGGGCUGCCCGACCUCCGACCCCAGCAGCCCCGCCGACGAGGACAAGAUGGCCGCCUGCCUCCGACAGACCCCAGUGCACACUCUGAACGCCGCCCAGACAAAGCUCCUGGCCGCCAGCGGGCCCUUCCAGGCGUGGUCUCCGGUCUCGGACGGCGUGCUGUCGUCCGUCAGACAGCCAAUCGGACGCUCCCCCGCCCACAGGCUGCCUCUGCUCAUGGGCACAUCAGCAGAGGACGGCCUCAUCCGCCGAGCGGCCAAGAUCAAGGACUUCCAGGCGCUGGCGGGCGCGGCAGACGCUAAGACGGCGUUCUACGCGGCGCUGACCCGCUCCCUGGGGGGCGAGGGGAGCCGGGCGGGGGUGAGGCAGGCCGCCUCCUGGUUCUACGGCCUCCAGCACUCCGCCUCCCCGGCCGGCUACAGCCUGCUGUCCCGGGCGCUCAACAACGCCACCAGAGACCAGUUCAUCGUGUGUCCCGUCCAGCAGAUGGCUAGCCACUGGGCUAACAACAAGGCUAACGUCUUCCUCUACCACCUCCCUGAGGACAGCGUCCACCACAGCGCUGACAGGGCAGUGCCAUUGGACGUUCAGCUUGCCUUCGGAACUCCUCAUCAUCCAAUCAGCUCUCAGAGAUUCGGCUCCCAGGGACGACGCCUCUCUCUGGCCCUGAUGACCUACGUGGCGAACUUCAUCAAAACAGGUGAUCCUAACCGGGGCCAGUCCGGGUCCAGGCGGGUCCCUGGAGCCGGUCUGCCUCAGUGGGGGCCCGUGCUGCCGUCCCCGGCCCCCCCUCAGUACAAGGAGCUGGGCCCCGGGCUCCCGCAGCAACGUGGGCUCCGCCGGGCAGAGUGCUCCUUCUGGACCGAGCUGGUCCCCCUGCUCAACGGAGAGACCGCGGAGUUGGGGGCGGAGUCAGUCCAGGCCACAUUGACCCCCAACCUCUCUGUGACCUUGCCUUCCGGCCAAUCGCAGACCAAGAAGGACGGCUAUAACUGAACGUCGCAGCCACCGCAGCGCGCUGAUGCCUCGUCUUCCAGAUCGUUUUACUCAUAAAUCAUUCAUUCAUUCAUUCAUUCAUUCAUUCAUUAAACCAGUCUGAUGGUGUUCACAUGAUUCCUGUUUUUCGUGUGCUACGGCCUCAGUCCUACAGUAGACGCCUCACUUCACUGACAGACUGUCCUUUGAAUCACGUAAUAAAAAGCAUUUCAAACCUA